AUGCCUUUUGCAAGCAAACUCACACUCUCGGCACUCUUCGUGUCGUCUCUGACCUGGGCUCAAGUUCGUCAUGACGACGAGGUCUGCGUCAUGAAUGCCUCGGGUUCCUGUGCGGUCGACAGCCUCACUCCGUCGGCACUUGAUCGCAGUAUCGUCAUUUACCCUGGCGGGGACACCCGCUGUGCCUUUGACGACUUUUCGGACCCGGGCGUGACGUUUGCGACGAACGCGACCUACUUUUUCCAGGUCUUUCCUGCGCCAGACCAGACCAAGUCGAAGCUUAUGCUGUAUUUUCAGGGGGGCGGGGCCUGUUUCGACGACGUCACGUGUGCCUUUGGUCUCCAGUGCAUUCAAGAGACGUUUAACCCGAAUGCUGUGCCCCUAAGUUCCGGUGUGCUCAACCGCUCGGACGACAAGAACCUCUUUAACGCGUACAAUAUUGUGCACCUGCCGUACUGCACCGGUGACCUCCACAUUGGCCAUCGCAUCAAUACGAUUCCAGAUAGUCCGAUCUACGCUGUGCUCGACGCCCCUCCGUGCCGGAAGCAAAACAUGACGUUGCACCAAGUGGGCUACAACAACACGAAGGCUGUGCUCGAGUGGACCAUGGCGAACUACCCGAGUCCAGAUGAAAUCGUCAUAAGUGGCUCGAGUGCGGGCGCCCUUGGUGCCCAGGCCCUCAGUGCGCUGGUAGCUGAUAUGUGGCAGGUCGAGGAGAAGAACAUUCGGUUCUCGGUGCUCGCCGAUAGCUACGUCGGCGUGCUGCCGAGCGACUACAGUGCUGGGAAACUCAUUUCGUACUACGGCUCGUGCGAGCUCGACUUGAAGAUGCCGGCCAAGCUCUGGGACCAGUGUGACGACAACGAGCUGACCGUGGCCGAAAUGAUGUCGUUUAUGAUUGAGAACUUGCCGACUGCGCAGUGGCUGUUUGUAAACAGCAAGUACGACGUGAUCCAGCGCACGUUCUACGAGCUCGUGGACCAAGGCAUUCUCGGGUACCUCUUUACGGACCUCAUUAGUGAAAAGGACUUCUUCGCGGGCAUGACGGCCAUUAUCGACGUGUACAAGAACGUUAGCGACGAUGUCUCCACGUUUUACGUGGAUGGCUCUCACCACGUCUUCCUCACGAACGGCAGCUACUAUCACAACGCUACUCGCAGCCCCGGAGGUGUACUUCUGGACGAUUUCUUGAAGGCUUGGCUCGUGACCAACUCAUCUCUGGACGAUGCUGCUUCGGCCGGCGAGUUACCAGCCAGUGGCAACAAUGCUGGAUUGGACGUCUCGGCAGCGGUUGGCCUCACCAGUAUGCUGUCACAUACAGCGAUAGCUGCAGUCAUCUUGAUGGUCGCGUAUUGA